AUGAGCAGGCCGGCCGCUUCAUCCCACAACUGUUGUGAUUGUCCGACGGCUCAGAAUCGCUGUUCGGCGGACUGCUGUCCAUGUUAUGGGGCGCGACGCAUGUGCGAUGAGCAUUGUGAGUCCGCAAGGUAUCGUGGGGACUGCCUUAAUCAAGCAAUCUGUAAGUGCUCAUGUGAGGUUGAUCCAGCAAAACCAGCUAAAAAUGCUUGCUCUAAAUCGGAACGAUGUGACUGUUUACGAAUCAAAGAAUCGUGCAGUAAACUUUGUGCCUGUAAACAAAUAUGCAAGAACAAAGAGCCACAAAAGAAGCUGCUCAAGUGCGGCGGUGAAUGUACUAACGGGCCAUCGAAAUUCCACGUGCCGAAGCAUGUGCAGAGCUGUUUCUUGGAACAAAAGAAUGAGAGCAGUGGAUUAAUUGUGACGUUAAUCGGCGAUGAUUAUAUCUAUCGAGGAGAUUUUUAUCACGAAAGCCGCAGCGAGCCGCAUGUCGAGGAACAGCUUGUCGCAGCAAUUUACGAUCUCAUUUCGAAAUAUAAGUUUCUGUUCACCGUUAGUAACCGCACUUUGUUACUGAAGUACGAUCAGCAAAAUUCUUGCUUGCAUAUUUUGAAAAUAAUUUGCUCAUUCACAGCUUGCUUGUUGACUGAAUCGAGGUAA